CUUUCUCCCAUGCUCCUCCUCCAUCCAUUGGUCGUGACCCCUCCACCACCACCACCAGCCAACGCUGCUACUCACCUGUCUAGUUUGACCCCGUGCCACCUCUCCACCCCAAGCUCCUCCAGAUGAGGGCAGGUGUGUCACUCGUGGGUAUAAAUGGACGUGAGGCAACCCAUCGAUCCUGCUCUGGGGAGUGAGGAAUCCGUGGAACAUCACAGAGCAGAGAGAGCGAAGGAGGAGGGGAGCUGUCAUCCAGAAAGCAUAAGUGAACUGGCUCACCUGUGUUGCAACCAUGGGAUUCAACAAAGGAAAAGAUGACUACAAACUGGCGGCGACGUCUGAUGAAGUGGGAAAAGGAGGCAAGAAAGGCGAUAAAAACAAGGACUUCGAUAACCUGAAGAAAGAGGUUGAGAUGGAUGAUCACAAAUUAAACCUGGACGAUCUCAGCAGAAAAUAUGGAACCGACGUAAAUAGGGGUCUUACUUCCACCAAAGCAAAAGAAAUUCUGGCCCGAGAUGGCCCAAAUCUCCUCACGCCUCCCCCCACCACACCGGAAUGGGUCAAGUUCUGCAAACAGAUGUUUGGUGGUUUCUGCCUGUUGCUGUGGAUCGGUGCCAUCCUCUGCUUUAUCGCUUUUAUUAUCCAGAUGACAUCAGAAGAAGAAAAGCUGUAUGAUAAUCUGUACCUGGGUCUUGUGCUCGCCACUGUAGUCUUUGUUACUGGUUGCUUCUCCUACUACCAAGAGGCCAAGAGCUCCAAGAUCAUGGAGUUCUUUAAGAACAUGGUCCCACAGCAAGCCCUGGUCAUCCGCGACGGGGAGAAGAAGAGCAUCAACACCGAGGAUGUGGUGGUGGGAGACGUGGUGGAGAUAAAAGGUGGAGACAAGAUACCGGCAGACCUGAGGAUCAUCGGCGCGCACAGCUGCAAGGUGGACAACUCCUCACUCACUGGUGAAUCAGAGCCUCAGACUCGUAGCCCAGAUUUCACUAAUGAAAACCCCCUGGAAACCAGGAACAUUGCGUUCUCCUCCACCAGCUGUGUUGAAGGUACUGCCAGAGGAAUCGUCAUCAACACUGGAGACAACACCGUCAUAGGUCGUAUCGCCACCCUGGCCUCCAGUCUGGACUCUGGCAAAACUCCCAUCGCCAUCGAGAUCGAGCACUUCAUCCACAUCAUCACGGGCGUGGCUGGGGUUCUGGGUAUCACAUUUCUGAUCCUCGCAAUCGUCCUUGGUUACACCUGGCUGGAGGCCAUUGUCUUUCUCAUUAGCAUCAUCGUCGCUAAUGUGCCGGAGGGUCUCCUUCCUACUGUCACUGUGUGUCUGACCCUGACCGCCAAGCGCAUGGCCAAGAAGAACUGCCUGGUGAAGAACCUGGAAGCUGUGGAGACUCUGGGCUCCACCUCCACCAUCUGCUCGGACAAGACCGGCACCCUGACCCAGAACAGGAUGACCGUGGCUCACAUGUGGUUCGACGACCUGAUUCAUGAAGCUGACACCACGGAGGACCAGCACGGCGCCUCCUUCGACAGGGACUCACCCACCUGGGCUGCGUUGUCCAGGAUCGCUGGGCUCUGCAAUCGCGCUGUGGCACUAGCAGACCAGGAUCACAUUCCUAUAAUAAAGAGAGAAGUGGCAGGUGACGCCUCAGAAACCGCAUUGUAUAAGUGCAUUGAGAUGUGCUGUGGGUCCGUCAGUGAAAUGAGGAACAAAUCUCCCAAGAUUGCUGAGAUCCCUUUCAACUCGACCAACAAAUACCAGCUCUCUAUUCACAAGAACUCAACUCCCGGAGAGACCAAGCACCUGCUGGUGAUGAAAGGAGCCCCAGAGAGGAUUCUGGACCGCUGCUCCAGCAUUAUGAUCCAGGGCAAAGAGCAGCCUCUGGACGACAAGAUGAAGGAAUCUUUCCAGAACGCCUAUAUAGACCUGGGAGGCCUUGGAGAGAGGGUGCUGGGUUUCUGUCAUUACAACCUGCCCGACGACCAGUUCCCAGAAGGCUUCGCUUUCGACACGGAUGAGGUGAACUUCCCCACUGAGAACCUUUGCUUCAUUGGUAUCAUGUCCAUGAUCGACCCUCCUCGCGCUGCUGUACCUGAUGCUGUAGGCAAAUGCAGGAGCGCUGGGAUCAAGGUUAUCAUGGUUACGGGGGAUCAUCCCAUCACGGCUAAAGCCAUCGCUAAAGGCGUGGGUAUCAUCUCUGAGGGCAACGAGACUGUUGAUGAAAUUGCUGCCCGUCUGAAUGUGCCAGUGUCAGAGGUCAACCCCAGGGACGCCAAGGCCUGUGUCGUCCAUGGAGGUGAGCUGAAGGACAUGACCUUAGAUCAGCUGGAUGAUAUCUUGAAGCACCACACUGAGAUUGUCUUUGCCAGAACGUCUCCUCAGCAGAAGUUGAUUAUCGUGGAAGGCUGCCAGAGACUGGGAGCCAUCGUGGCCGUGACGGGCGACGGCGUGAACGACUCUCCGGCUCUGAAGAAGGCCGACAUUGGCGUCGCUAUGGGAAUUACAGGAUCCGACGUGUCCAAGCAGGCGGCGGACAUGAUUCUACUGGACGACAACUUUGCCUCCAUCGUUACCGGCGUGGAAGAAGGUCGUCUGAUCUUUGACAACUUGAAGAAGUCUAUCGUCUACACCCUCUCUAGUAAAAUCCCAGAGAUGUCGCCCUUCUUCUUCUUCGCAAUAGCCAAUAUCCCUCUGCCUCUGGGAACCAUCACUAUCCUCUUCAUUGACCUGGGAACCGACUUGGUGCCUGCGAUCUCCCUGGCUUACGAAGCACCAGAGAGUGACAUCAUGAAGCGACAGCCCAGAAAUGCGAAAACAGACAAACUGGUGAAUUAUCGUCUCAUCAGCGUAGCUUAUGGACAACUUGGUACCAUUCAGGCCACAAGUGGGUUUUUCACGUACUUUGUAAUUAUGGGUGAAAAUGGUUUCUGGCCCUUGCACCUGGUGGGACUCAGAUCGUCCUGGUACGACAAACAACUACACGACCUGGAGGACAGCUACGGACAGCAGUGGACGUAUGAACAAAGAAAGAUCUUAGAGUUCACCUGCCACACAUCGUACUUCGUUAGUAUCGUGGUCAUCCGUUGGUUCACGCUGAUCAUCGCUAAGACCAGGAGGAACUCCAUCUUUCAGCAAGGCAUGAAGAACCACGUCCUCAUCUUCGGCCUGUUCGAGGAGACAGCCCUGGCGACUUUCCUGUCUUACUGCCCGGGCACAGACGUUGCCCUCAGAAUGUACCCGGUCAAGCCGUUUUGGUGGUUCUGCUCCAUACCCUUCGCCUUGACCAUGUUCACCUACGAGGAAACCAGAAAGUAUCUGCUCAGGAGGAAACCAGGCGGUUGGUUGGAACACGAGACGUACUACUGAGUCAACACAGUCCCAGAAGGAGCUGUAAUCGCUGCCAUGUUAGACAUUCAUCUGAGAUGUCGGUCACAGCUUCAGAACACAAAUACAUGAAUAAAUUAAGUAUCUAUGUCAUUCUUAAUAAAACAUUUUCAUACUGUUAUACACCAAA